UUUUGCUUUUUCUGAAAAUGACAAUGUGCUGUUCGCUAUUGAAGCAAGAUAGGUACGUGAUUAUUACAGAAAAAGGUUUGCGAAGAUGGCCAGUCCCCUUGAAACCGACGUUUGGGGCACGAACGGAAAAACUGGCGAAAAUCCCGUGGGAAUGAUAGCUUUCAUGCAAAAGUUGCAGGAUCCAGAUCUCACAUAUCUGUCAACCGAAUGGGACAAGUUGCUCAAAGAACUUGAGGUUGACAUUUUUCUCCGAAAUGACAUGGAUAGUUGGUUCCAGAAAUGCUUUAAACUAUAUACAUGCGCCAAGAGUCGUUUUCAAGCAAACAAAGAAAAACUUAGUGACGAAUUUGUUACAGAGAUGAAAAGGAAACUAGAACUUAGUCGACCAGGAGAAACAGCCAAUGAUAACAAAGGAGCUGUAACAAAUUAUUUGCAAAGACUACGAGCCUUUGAUCAACUGAAGCAAAAGAUAAACGAUGGCACAGUAGUUGAGAUGGCGGUUAUCUGUAUAAGACGGGAGCAGGACCUUAUCAUGGCAUUGUGUCCAUCUGAGAGGCAAGACGAAGUUUUGUUACAUUUAACCAAGGCUAAAGAGUUAAAAGAGUGUUUAGCGAAAACGAUACAUAAUCUGGAGAAAGGUCUGCAACACGUGGGAGAUAUCGAUGAAGAGCAGGAUGUUCAAAUUGCUUUGCAAAUUACCCUAGAAAACAUCGAACCAAUUAGACAGGAAUGUGGGAGACUGUUGGGCAGUAUCCAAGAAAUAUUGCCGGAGCUGACAAGGACACUGAACAAUCAGAUUGAAGAAUGGAAGCAGCAGUUUCAACUACAAUAUGCAGAACUAUACGCAGAUGCAAAUGUUGAACCUAUAGCAAAGAGGAGCUCAGAAAUUUGGGGAUUCCUUCAAGAGCUGCGCGCGAUCGUUAUUGAACAACUGUCUAGACUAGUGAAUGAGAACUCGAUCAGUGAAAUCAAGCAGGCAAUAGCCAGGACUGUGAUUGACCUCAUAAAAAAAACGUUCCUCGUGACAGAUCAGUCGAUAUAUGUGCUGAAACAGGGGAAAUUGGGCAAAAAGAACACUCCUGAUAGCCUCUUUACUGUAAGAAUAUUAGCUGCGGAAAUGACAGACUUGUUGAAAUCAAUGGAAGUAAAGGCUUACCUUCUGUACGAUGAAGAUUUAAAUGACUGUUGGAAUGGGCGUGAACUAAACAUGGAAAUUGUUAUGGGCAGACGCAAAGAUGUCAAUGGAAAACCAUCGGUGAGGUUUACCAAAGAACCCAAGGGGAGGUUUAAAGCAACAUUCAACAGUUUAACGGUGGACAAGAUUAAGAGACCGAAAUCGGGAAAGCAGGUGCAUGAAGAGAAAUAUCGAUUUGUGUUUGUGACCAAGUUUGAGGAGACUUUGCUGUUGACGGUAUCCUUGCCUCUCGUGAUUGUGACGGCGACUAACCAGCAGUGUCACGCAAUGGCUUCCAUCAUGUGGGAAUGUUUCAGCACAAAUGUGUUUCAGCUGCCAGUUUGCGUUCCGGUUGAGCUACCAUGGUCCACCAUUGCCGAGAUGUUGAACGCCAAGAUAAGAAGACUGUGUCCUACCAGAGCUUUGACAGACGACAAUAUUAAACACCUAAAACAUCGGUUGAUCGGCUGCGAUGAAUCGGACGAAACACUGGUUUCAUUGCAGAAAUUUUGCUUCGUUAGUAUGGAUCGUUUGCCUCAAGUAAAGUCAGAGUUUGAUGCCAAGUGCUCUGAGCCGAGUAGGGACCAAUCGUUCUCCUUCUGGCAGUGGUUCAUGGCAUGUUACAACCUUAUAGACAAACACCUCAUGAAUUAUUGGGAACGUGGAUGGAUAUAUGGAUUCAUUAGCAAAGACGAAGCAACAAGAAAGUUAAAGGCAUUGAAACUCCCUGAAGCGAAAAAUGGACUUUUUCUGUUACGAUUUUCGGACAAUAGUAUCGUCGAAAGCCAGGGUGUAGGGCAGAUGUUUGGUUACCUGCGGUCGACAAAAAUGAUUGUUCGGUGUAAUGAAGGCAACAAACCAAAACGUGGCGUUUAUAACCUUCAUGUUGCCGGACCAAAAGACUUGGAGAAAGAUGAUCUUGCCAAUAUUUUGAAACAAUCUGCAAACACUGACUCUUCUGGGAAAAUGGAAGAACAUUAUAAAUGGCUGUUCCCACUAAUGAGGAAGCGUGAAGACACAUUUGACGAGCAUCUUAUUCCAGACAAAGAAAACUCCUCUUUUGAUGGCAAAACGCAGAACUGGAAGGUUACGAUUGACUUACCGGAACGCGAUACUCCAUUCCUCGGGAAACAGCCAUGUCCACCAGAUGAAGAUUCGAAAUCUCUAGUAUUCCCCUUCGGUACGCAUGAAUACCAAGCAAACACAGCAAAAUAUCCUAAGCUGUCAAUACCUAGCUCAUUGCCACCCUUGAUCAGAUUUGAAACCAUCUCUAGUGCGUUGGGGAAUUCACCUGUUCCGGGAAGCCAAUGCCAAAGCCAGCAGCAUAUUCCGAGGCUGCCCACGUUAAGCAAGCCUUUUCACAUGUCGAAUCAAAAUCAGAACAACAUGACAAGUCAUCAAUCUAGCCAAGCUCAUGCCCAAGGCAUUCGUAUGCUUGGUCCUUCUGUUGAUACGUUGCAUUUGGACAACAAAAUGACGCAAGCUUUUAGUGAAGAAAAGCCAGGUCCACCAAUCCAUCAGACAGAAACCCCGUUUGAACAUACGCCGAUCAGUCUUACGGAGAAAACACUUUAUGCAAAUAUUCAAGAGAAACAAAGUGAAUCUGCUGAUGCUGGUAGUCCUAUGUUAGUAGAUGAAUCUCCGGUAACCAGCGGCGUUGAUACAGCUGAGGGUUUUGACCGUCAAAUGCAGAGCAUUGCCUCAGCACUUUUUCGACUUUCAGUUGAAAAAAGAACAAAAGUCAUGCAGUACGUCAAAACCCGAGAUAACACACUGUUGACUUCCGGUCAACAUUCUGCGGUUGGUAAUACCGUUGAAACUGCUGCUACUGGAGCCUCGUUUAUGUCCGUCCAGUACGCAAAUGUUAGCUCAUGUCCUGAUGUACAAAAUACUGUAACAUCAACUGCAGUUACUGGUACAAAUGACUCGGGAAAUUCAACUUCGGAGCCGGAAAUCAGCUCGGGAGAGUUGGAAAGGGCCAACAACAGUGGAAACAUUUUACCAGAGUUUUGGGAUCAACAACAAAUCACGGACAUUUAACAUAAAAGACACAUCCUAAUGAGCAUUUUCUCAUCCAACUAUGUGAACGAGGAUUUUCAGCAUCUUAUUUGCAUAAUGUAUAUAUGGAUAUUUUAUCAGUUCCACAAACACCAAAACAUGUUUCUUAGAAUUGACCGACAAAACGUUGUUGCUAGAACAAUGGAGACAUACAUGUACCUAUUAGUUUGAUUGCUGUACAAUUUACAAACUAUACAACAUGAUUUAAAAAAGUUUUAUUUCACUUAUUCUUAUCCACACAAUGUGGGCUUAAUUGGCUUCAAGAUGAUUUCCGUUAAUGAUUAAGGAAAUAACUGUGGGAUUGAUGUAAUUUUCUGGGAACGUACGCAGUUGGGCUGGUUAAAGUGCGUAUAUAUAUUUACACCAAUAUAGUUCAUUAUUUCAUUCAAGGACUGUUAAAAAUACUUUAUUUAUUUUGAAAAAAAUCCACCCUAUGCCUUAACCAUUCUGUAGAUAUAAACCCCGCCGUAACCGGAAACAGUUUAUCAAAUUACGUCACAAAAGUGCGGGAAAUAAUCGACCACUUCAAAUCACUUUUAAACGUAAAGUGGAAACAUUAAUGACAAUUAUGUAUGUAAUAUAUCAUAAAUUAACACUUUGUAACAUGUUGUUUGAAGUUUUUCGGUAGCUGCUAACACAAAACAAACAAUGAGAAGAUAAACAAUGUACGUGUAUAUUGUUAUGCGAUGAUUGGCGAUCCGAAAAUUUCUAAAUAUGCUGCCUACAUUAAAAAAUAUUUGUAAUUACUAAAUGGCAGUUCAUUUAAGGGAUGGAAAUUGAGGUGUUAAUAUUUGUGUAUGUAAAAUGUGGUGUAUUCUUCAUCAAAAAUGUUAAGACAAAGGUACAAACGUAGAGAUUGAUGUUGGCAAUAGACGGUAGUGAUGAAACGAUUAUCGAAUACAAUCGAUAAAUCGUCGCUGUCAAUGCUAUGUCGGCGACAAUCGAUAGUGAUUGUCCAAAAUCGAUGUCGUUACUUCUGGUAACUUCGUAUUUUUCGUUAAAUUUCGGUAAAUUCUCGUUGAGUUUAUUUUACAAGGGAGGUCACUCUCUUACACAAAUGCGGUGAAUGUAAACACUUUUGCUUAAAAACUUACAAACUCUCCCCAAAUUACAAAUUGUUUUUAAUUAUGAUAUAUUUCAUAAAACCUUCUCAAUAUUCUGUCUCUAUGGUGUCGUGGGUCCGGUCUUACCUGCAAAUACCAGUGAUUCCGGCUCGAUACAUUUCAAAAUAACAGGUUGUUGAGUGUUAAGCCGGUUCACAAAUAUUUAAUAUGCUUUUACAUGGAUAAAACACUUAUAUAACUUACUUGAUGCGUUGUACAUCAUUUUGCAAUUAUUAAGUAUGUGCUGUGUUGUUAUUUUUUCGUGAAGUUAUUAAAGACAGAAAAAGGUUAUGGAAAUUAACUUACUGUUGCAAAUAAAAUGACUAUAAUAUCACACGUUCUGAUUCCAGGUUAAACCAUUUAAAUGAUCAUGAUGAUACUACAUUUGUAUGUUUAAAGAAAUUAGUCAAUGUAUUCCUUACUGGUAUUAUUAACAUUCGAUUAUUGUCCGAUAGUUAAUCGAAAUGCUUGGUCCGAUUCGAUUCGAUUAUCGGUAGCAAAUGGAGUCCGAUUUUCAAACACUAAUAGACGGUAUAACACGACAUGUAUUUCAAAUUUGCUUUGACAUCAUCUGUGCUUAGUAAAAUAUUAGACUUGUAAUACUCAGUCAUGUUAAAAUUUGUUUAACCGUUUUGUUUUGAUUAGCAACAUAUUACACGAAAUAAAUGUUGUCAAUGUAGCAUAG